AUGUUAAAUAAUAUUGAAUAAUAGUAGGUAUAGUUAAUUUUAAAACUUUAAAAACAAACAUGUCUUUAGUCCCAACAUGCCCCGGCUUAUAUUGCGGGCGAACAGAAAACGAAGAUGGCUCCUGGAGCGAUUGCGGUGCUUGUCCGAGAGGAUUCCGGACCAAUGCCUCUAGUUACUGCGUGGAGUGCACAGAUGAACCGACUCUCUAUGACUGGCAAUAUUUAGGUUUUAUGGUUCUACUACCUUUAAUACUACAUUGGUUCUUCAUUGACAUGGUAUCAGCUGGCAAAAGGAAAAGCAUAGCAGCACAACACAUAUGUGCAUUUAUUGAGUUAACUAUAGGUACAGUGGGGGCACUGCUGAUCCUGCCCCCGACAGGGAAACUGUCACUGUAUGUGUGCACUCCCAAAGCCCUCUCCGACUGGUAUACACUGCUGCACAACCCACAACCGGAUUACAAGGAGACUUUACACUGCACACAGGAAGCUGUUUAUCCUUUGUACACAAUAGUUCUGCUUAUUUAUGCCUUCAGUUUGCUAAUGACUGUUCUGUUAAGACCCUGGAUUCUCAUCUGGCACAAAGCACAUCCUGGGAAGAAGGCAAUUUACUGUGCUCUAUAUUUCUAUCCUAUAUUGGUAUUACUACACACAAUUGCAGCUGGACUAAUAUAUUGUGCAUUCCCAUAUGUGAUUAUCAUUGUGUCUAUGAUGACUUCAGCAUCCCAUUUCUCUCUGAAGAUUGAUCAGUCGGCUCCAGCAUUGCUAAUUUCCUCAGUCACAAAUAUUCGGAACUUAAUCAUCAUAGUUGGUCAUUGGCUGGUGCAUGCAUAUGGAAUCAUUUCACUCACUGGCUUCAAAGAACUGUGGUAUCUUACCUUAGUGCCGGCUCCUGCUAUGUUCUAUAUACUUACUGCCCAGUUCACAGACCCUAUGAAGAUACACAACGAUUGACUAAGACGGGGAAAAACAGAAAAGUUGAUUCUGAUCUGAUUUGGUGAAAAUUCUUGCCAGUUACUAUGGGUGUUGUGAGAAGCAGUUUUGAGAGUUCAAUGAUAACUAAGUUUGUUGUUUAGUACUUGUUCUUGAAACUAAUUUGACUGUGAUUUACUUUUAUGUAUUUUAAGUACUUAAUAUUUGA